AUGGAUCCACCAAUUGAACCAGAAACUCCACAACCUGAAUUAAUAGAUUCAUCAGUAAAUACACAACCUGAAUCGAUUGACUUGAUAAAUUCAAAACGUGAAUCAGAAAGGGAUGUUGAUAUUGAAAAAGAAAUUGAAGUCAAUAAUGAUGUUGUUGUCGGUGAUGAAGAUGUUUCAAAUUCUAAUUCAGAUGGAAAUAAAUAA